AUGAGUGAAGUGUACAGUUAUGGAAUUAGGAGAGAAAGGGACAGCCUACAUCCUCAAAGAAGCAGGAAAUUCUGCGGUCUCAACCCAAGAAGAACAGGUGGAGGACUCUCAGCUCAGCUACGCAGUCACCCUCUCUAUGCAGCUGCCGAGUGUACCAACACAAGGACCAAGGAAAAGCUUUCUCCUUUUUGCAGCUGGCUCAGCCAGCAGCUAAGUAGUGAAUGUCAGUAUCUGGUGCUAAAACCAGAGCAUGGUAAUUCAGGGAGGCUGCAGAAGCAGGGGCCGCUGGGCAAAGUGCGCGGGCUGCCUUCUGGGCCACCCUCUCGCCGCCAAAGCCACGGCUUCCAAACUCCUGCGCGCGGUCAUCCUCGGGUAUGGCAGAGGAUCGCUCAGAACUUUGGCCUCCAGCGUCUCUCCAGUGGCCACUUCUUGCGUGAGAAUCUCAACGCCAGCACGGAAGUUGGUCACGACGCAAAGCGGUGCCUAGAAAAAGGUCUUCUGGGUCCAGAUCACGUGAUCACACCUCUGAUGAUGUCAGAACUGGAGACCCGGAGUGCCCAGCACUGGCUGUUAGAUGGGUUCCCGAGGACAUUAGUGCAAGGAGAAGCCCUGGACAGAAUCUGUGAUGUGGACCUAGUGAUCAGUUUGAAAAUCCCUUUCGAGACACUUGAAGAUCAUCCGAGCCAACGGUGGAUUCACCCUUCCAGCGGGAGGGUCUACAACCUGGACUUCAGCCCGCCUCAAGUGCUGGGGAUCGACGACAUCACUGGCGAGGCACUUGUCCAACAGGAGGAUGACAGACCUGAAGCCAUUGCUGCCAGGCCACAACGGUACAAGGAUGCAGCAGAACUGGUCAUCGAGCUGUACAAGAGCCGUGGAGUCCUCCACCAGUUUUCUGGGUCAGAGACUAACAGAAUCUGGCCUCAUGUUUACUCACUUUUCUCGAACAAGAUUGCACCCAUUCAAUCCAAAGAAGCACACCGAGCCUGCCAUUGGAAGAGCCAAGGAGGCGUCAUCGGUCACUCAGCCGUGCGUGGCCUCUUGGUUCCCUGGCCAAAUGAGGAGCUAGCUGAGAUAGCUUGCAGCGUCUUUUCUAGUUUAUGUGAUGAAGUGAUGAGGAAAAUCUAG